CUUUGCCAUACCGUAGAGUUUAAUAUACAGGACAACCACAACACCACAAUGAAAAAAUAAGGUUGAAAAUGAACGGUUUUGGUGUUAACUUAGUUAUAUAUAGAGAAAAUUGGCUGUGACAAUAUUUUUUUCUCCAAGAUGCAUGCACUGAAGUUUGCAGGAAGGAAUACUUUCCUGCGUCAUCACACGGCGCCCAUGCGAAUUAUACUUGGCGCCAAAGAAACCAUAGCGAAAUUGAUGUUAACUUGUCUGUCCAAAAUAAAGACGUAACAUAUGUUAUUGCUUUGACCAUGGACAUUCGGAGAUUUUUUGCUCCCACAAAACCAGCUCCUCCUAAAGCCCCCUUGAACAGCAGCAAUAGAACAGAUGAGGAGAAGAAGCCCAACAAAAAGAAAUCAGUGUCCAAGACCCCAGAGGAGAAGUUGCCAGGAAAGAGAAAGAGAGAGAAAAAGAGAGCGGUCAUAGACUCCGACUCUGAUGAAGAGGAGCAGAAGAAGAGGAAAAAAGAACAUCAGAAAGAGAAAGCAGACCCCUCAGUGAAGACAGAAAAAGAGAAGAAAGGACCCAUCCAGUAUGUGUCUGAUUCAGAUUCAGACGAUGCCUUUCUGUCCUUGAAGAAGCCAGUGGAGAAUGGUCUUAAGAAGGCCGGCAAAGAUGCUGACAAGAAAACGCAAAAGGGCCCCACUAAAGUGUCCGUAAAAUCAUCUCCAAAGUCACCUGUCAAGUCCCCUACUCUAUCCAAACCAAAGCCUACAUCUCCGAUCAAGCAAAAAGUGUUAUCCUCUCCCAAACAAACUCCCACCUCAGUACUGGACUACUUUGGGUCCAGCAGUGUCCAGCGUUCGGACAAGAAACUUGUGGCCAGUGUCAAAAGGAAAGCACCCACUCAGGAUCCAGAUGAGUCUCAGGAUGAUGAGGUCAUCGCAAAACAGCUACAGAUGGAUGAGGAUAUGGAGCUGGAAAAACAAAUUCAUGAAGACGAAGAGUUUGCCCGAACUCUAGCAAUGCUAGAAGAGGCUCCACUUGCUAAAAAGGCUCGUACGGACACUGGUGACAGGCCCAGCUCCAGCUCCAGCUUCUCUUCCAGUAAACAGAUGGACAGGACGGACCAUCUCAGCCAGAACCAGAAGCGGCCCUCACCCAAAAAGGCCCUCAAUGACUCUAGGGACAGAGCCAGCCCCAGCCCAAGCCUCUCUCCCAGCAAACAGACCAGUAAGACGGACAGCCGGCAUCCCACUCCCAAGAAGACCAGCUCCAAAUUAGCCUCCUUGAAACGCAGAGAUGAGGAGCAGGAGCACAGGAAAAAGAGUGAGAAGGAGGAAAAGAAAGUCAUCUCGCCCAAAAGAGAGCCCUUCCACUCGGAGAGAGCAGCCACACCCAGAACAGGAGGACCAAGUACGCCAAGAACUGGUGACCUUACACCUAAAACAGGAAGCGCUGAAACACCUGGUUCAAGCAAAAUCUCUCCUAAAAAGCCAGAGACUAGUCCAGAGGAUUCAGAGAAGCGCCGGGGAAAUUCUGCUGCUUUCCGGAACUACCUUAAUAGAGACGGUCCACGGGCACUUGGCUCCAAAGAAAUCCCUGUGGGUGCUGACAACUGUCUGGAGGGGCUGACGUUUGUGGUGACUGGUGUUCUGGAGUCGAUUGAACGUGAUGAUGCAAAGUCUCUCAUAGAACGCUAUGGAGGGAAAAUGACCGGAAAUGUCAGCAGGAAGACCAGUUAUCUGGUGCUAGGGCGAGAUGGUGGAGCUUCCAAGACUGAGAAAGCAGAAAGUUUGGGCACUCAGAUUAUUGACGAAGAUGGUCUACUGGAGCUGAUUCGGACCAAACCUGGAAAAAAAUCCAAAUAUGAGAUUGCUGCCGAAGCAGAGAAUAAAGGGGCGAAGAGUAAGACUAAGACCCCUCCUCGUGCCCAGACCCCAAAGACUCCACAGCGCACACCCAGCCCUAGGAAACCCCGUCCAGGAGAGGUCAAAGGUCAGACAACCCCGGGACGUAAAAUGGCCUCGACGGCAGAUGUGAAGAAGGAGCUCUCUUUUGGGCGGAAGUCUGCCCCAGAGGAUUCUGGGAGUAGUCUGAUGUGGGUGGAUAAAUAUCGCCCUCAGACCCUGAAGGCUGUGAUUGGUCAACAGGGUGAUCAGAGUUGUGCAGCUAAACUUCUGCGCUGGCUCAAGAACUGGUACAGUAACCACAGUGGAGAGAAGCCUGCAGCAGGGCGCUUUGGUCGCUUUGGAGGUAAAGAUGAUGGAUCUACUUUUAAGGCUGCGUUGCUGUCAGGCCCUCCUGGUGUAGGCAAAACCACCACCGCAGCUCUCGUGUGUCAGGAGUUGGGCUACAGCUAUGUGGAGAUGAAUGCCAGCUGUGCCCGCAGCAAGAACACUCUCAAGUCGGUGAUUGCUGAGUCUCUGAACAACACCAGCAUUAAGAACUUCUACUCAGGUGCAUCUCAAACGGUCAGCAAGAAUCAUGUGCUGAUCAUGGAUGAGGUGGAUGGCAUGGCAGGAAAUGAAGACAGGGGGGGAAUUCAGGAAAUGAUUUCUUUGAUAAAGACCUCCAAGAUCCCCAUCAUCUGCAUGUGUAACGAUCGUAACCACCAGAAAAUCCGCUCACUUUCCAACUAUUGCUUUGACCUGCGCUUCCAGCGACCACGGGUGGAGCAGAUUAAGGGUGCGAUGAUGUCCAUUUGCUUCAAAGAAGGCCUGAAGGUCCAACCUCCAGCUCUCAAUGAGAUUAUUUUAGCAUCCAAUCAGGAUGUGCGACAGGUACUGCAUAAUCUCAGUAUGUGGUCCGCCAAAGACAAAGUCAUGACCUAUGACCAGGCCAAAGCAGAUGCCAGCAAUGCCAGGAAAGAUAUUAAAAUGGGUCCUUUUGAUGUGUGCAGAAAAGUGUUUACAAAGGGAGAGGAGACUGCACACAUGAGUUUGAUUGACAAGUCAGACCUCUUCUUCCAUGACUAUUCUCUGGCACCACUUUUCGUCCAGGAGAAUUAUGUACACGUCAAACCCGCUGCAGCAGGUGGUAACCUGAAGAGCCACCUGGUGCUGCUGAGCAAAACUGCAGACAGCAUCUGUGAUGGAGACCUGGUGGACCGACAGAUCCGUCUGAAACAGACCUGGUCCCUGUUGCCCACACAGGCCAUCUAUGCCAGCGUGCUGCCGGGUGAGUUAAUGCGUGGAUACAUGAAUCAGUUUCCCACGUUCCCCAGCUGGCUGGGCAAGUUCUCCUCCACGGGCAAACACAGCCGCAUCGUCCAGGAGCUGGCUUCUCACAUGUGUCUGAGGACCCAGUGCAGUAAGCAGGCAGUAAACCUGGACUACCUGCCCUACCUGCGCUCAGCUCUGCUGGCGCCCCUGCAGCGGGCCGGUGCAGAGGGAGCCAGCCAAUCAGUGCAGCUCGUAGAUGACUACAACCUCAUGAAAGAGGACGUGGACAGCAUGAUGGAGAUAAGUACGUGGGGAGGCAAGCCGGACCCCUACUCCAAACUGGACCCCAAGGUGAAAGCGGCUUUCACAAGAGCCUAUAACAAAGAGAGCCACCUGAUGCCAUACUCGCUGCAGGCUGUGAAGAAGGGCAAGCGAGGAGGCCCUGAGCCUGACCUAACCACACCGGACGGCGAAAACAACUCCCAGCCACAGGAGGAAGAGGAGGAGGAGGAACUAGCUGACGCCAUGAUCAAGCAGAAGAAGGCUAAGCCUGUGAAACAGAAAGCAGAGGAUUCUGGGAAAGGCAAAGGCAAAGGCAAAGGCAAAGGAAAAGGCAAGAACUAACCACUGGCCAAUCACCUCGCUGCCACCCACACCUAGGACCACCCUGUCAUAACCCCUCCCAAUAUGUCCUCCUGUGAAGGGAUGCGCUGUACAGACUUCUUCAAAGGGCUUUUAGAAUCUUCCAUCAUCCUCUCCUCUCAUCUUCCUUCUCUUCUUAACCACACUAUUGUUUUGUAUGAUAACUUUCUCAGCCUUAGACUAUGCUGUCAUAGUGACAGGGAAGUGGUUACACUGACCUGGGAUGUAAAUAUAAACUCACAUUGCUGACUGAACAGGUUUAAUAGCUCUUUCUGUGGGAAGCACUUUAGACAGCAGACUUAUGUUUUUGAUAGAUUUUUGCUGUACAUUUAUGUGAUAGAAACCCUUUUUGCAAGGGUAAGUAAUAAACUGUUUAAUACCAUGA